UAAGAAUAACUUUAAAAACAUCACCCUCAAUCCCUUAAUCCCUUCAUUAUUUUUAAAUUAGAAGUAACUUUAGUAGUCUAAGUGGGAGGAAAAACGGGAUAUCUUCUAAGAAUGAAUUAAAAACUUUAUUCUGCUUUAUUUUAACGCGAAUGAUCGUUCCAGAAGCCAACGACGUUGCAAAAUCAUCCUUAAAACAUGUUGAUUAGAUUUACCCUCUUCACUAUUGUGGUUUUCCUGGCAUGCUGGUUCUCACUUCCUGAUUCUACAAUCGCUCAUAAACACCACAACAAUCAUCAGUUGGAGACCUUACUCACAGCAGGAGUCUUGGCCAAAGUUCUUCAAAAGAAAGGUGGUGGCCAUCACCAUCAUCCUAUCUUCAUCCCCGUCCCUGUACCAGUACAUCAUGAAGAACAUCACCAUAAAGGGCACCAUCACCACCAUGGGACGCAUCUGAUGCCAGUAAUGGCUUAUGGAGGACAUCCAAUGACUUCUGGAAGAUACCCAAUGGAAUCUGGUCAUAGUGCGUCGCUCUAUAAUCCAAUGGGAGUCGGGCAGUCUGGUCAACAGUACAAUCCAAUGGGACAUGACGCUCCAUUAGGUCGUGACUUUGAACCAAAACACAGUGUUCAAAUAAUUAAUAUAGGAGGAGGAAAAAAUUAAUUGUUAAACUUUUAACAUUCCUGUUAGUCAAUGUACCUCCCUCAUUUCCCUUUCCUCCCUUCAUUCCAUUUCCAGCUAAUUAUUAAUUUAAAUCUCACCUUAGAAUUCCAAAUUUCUGCAACGGAAAAGUAGAUUUAAAACUUUAAUCGUAAAUAAUACUUUUUCAAGAGAAUUUUUUCUUAAAAUUCGAAACAAAACUGUUUAUAUUUGAAUAAAUUUAGGAACCUAACUACAAAUUCGAAAUAAUUUGAAAAUUUAAAACAUUUCCGAAUAUGCAAUAUGAAGAAAACAAUCAGUAAAAAUCACUGUAUAAAAUUUCCAUAGAUUUACCUUUGAAAAAGUUUAAGGUGAUUUUGGUUACAAUUUCGCAAUAAAUUUAAAAAUAAAAUUUUCUAUCAUCCAUUUGAUAAAGUUUUCUCUUUCUUAUUAUUCUUUUUUACUCCAUUCCAUCUUAUUCUUCAGGAAAAUAUAAAAAGACCCUUUAUUACAAAACUUAACUGAGUCUUAGUUGUAUGUUUUUACAUGCCACGUCUUUACUGACAUGUCUUCAGACGCCUCUGGCAAAGGUGACUACCUUCCUUGUUCCUGGUUUUACGAAUCUUAAUUUUUUUUAACAACAGAGUUAUAUUUAAAUAUAAUUCAAUUCAAUUUAAAUUUAAAAAAACGUUUGGUUGUAAAUUAAAUACACAUGAUACUGACUAACUAUUUCAUAACUCUAAAAUUAUUUCAAAAUAAUACUUCUCACUAAAAAGAUAAUUGUAAACAAAAUGAACAUUAGAAAUGAAGGUCAAAUAUGAAUUGAGGGCCAAAUCUAUUUUUUUUUUCAUUUUGAGAUAUAGAAAUGUUCUUAAAGCCUAAUAAUUGUACUGUUUUUUGCAGUUUUUGAAAGAACUAUGUUAUGUAUAUAUUGUAAAUAAUUUCAAAGGCUAAUUUAUAAUUUAUGUAGAGUCAGUUGUUGCUCAAUAAUUUUUCAUAAACAUUACGCUUGUUCACUUUCCAUUCACCUGAUCAUUAUUUUAUUAUAUAAUUUAUGUAAAAGAAAAUAAUGUAAAUAAAAUAAAUAUA